CUGCAGGGACUUUGUUUUUCUUUGCUCACUCGUGAACAAGGAACCAUGGCUAAGACGAGAACCCAGUCAAAGCAUUCCCGCGCCGCGAGGCGGGAAGCUUCGCCGAGUCUUGAGGUCGACAAGUCUGUCAUGUCCCUCCCCCGCGUCGAGGAGACCUCGCUGCCGCGCGAUUCCAUUCUCGCCGAUCGCGCAAAUGCCGGCGUGUCCAAAAAGCAGGCGAAGCCUCGGAACAAAUCUCGGGCGCAACGCCAGAAACAACAGAAGGGUAUAGAAAGAGCAGAAAACGUUAUAGAUCAGAUGGAGAAGAAGGUGACCAAGAGUGUCAGCCGCGCAAAAACCGUGAAAGCACGCAGGGGCGAAUGGGAGGAUUUGAACCGCAAAUCCGUAGCGUCGAAAUUCCAAGCCCUCGAGAACGAGUUCGAUGACAACGAUGAUGAUGAUGCUAUGGUCGACGACUCCGCGCCUCCUGCAAAGACCAGGAAGCCUAAGUCUCAACAAACAAAUGCGACCCAGAACCCUGUCGCAGACGAACCCGCAGGCAUUGACGAAGAUGAGGAUAUCACCUGAAUGUAACGACGGGGAACAAACGCAGAGGAAAUGUCAGACCAAUUUGUGUCGGUUAUUUCCUUGGCCUAAGCUGGUUGAUCAUUCGCUCGAUAUCCGAGGCGGCAGGUCCGGAAGCUCUCCCGCGGAGUAGCUCAAGGGUAUUGAAAUCUUUGGCCUUGAGGGCUUCUUCUCCGGCUUUUACAAUCAUUCCGCAUUUAACCCACAUUUCCACCUUGUCCUCGACGGGCAGAUUGGUACAUUUGGGGACGAACAGUGAGGCAAGCUUUGUGUUUCCGGCGCCCAAAAUCUCGUUAUAGAAAGGCUGUCAUUUCCAGUGAGCUUGUGCAUUUGAAGAUAACCAGGGGAUAUGCUCACCUCCCAUCCUAUCGGCGAUUUCUUGUUUUUACCGAUUUCCUCUAAUUCACCCCAAUCCCGCUUGGCGACUAGGGCUCUCAAUCUCAACCACCAAUAUGUC